UCAGUCGCUUAAACAUAAAACAAAGUGAAGCUCAGAGGCUAACUCAUCAAUAUGAAUAACUCUAAAGACACUGGCUGGUCAUGGCUUAUCUGUGUUGGGUCKUUYRUCUGUAACCUCGUCAUCGGAGCCCAGAUGAAUUGUAGUGGAGUUUUCAUGUCAGCUUUCGUCGACARUUACAAAGUGUCAAGAGGAGAAGCAGCUUGGGUUGCUGUUCUCGCCUCGUCGGCCGCUUACUUCUUUGCUCCACUUAGUACCUCACUCUGCAAUCGGAUUGGUAGCAGAAUGACAGUUGCCAUGGGAACCAUCAUCUGUAUGGUAGCUAUGGUGUCAUCGUCUUUUCAUUCAAGUUUCAAAGCUCUGUACUUUACUUUCGGGAUUUUGUGGGGCCUUGGGGCCAGCCUGUCUUACUAUCCAAACUUUGUCAUKUUAUCGMAAUAUUUCGAMAAGARAAUCKCACUGGCAAAUGGUAUUUCGACCUCUGGGUCAUCAAUCGGUACGAUUGCAUUGUCGCCUUUGAUCCAGUAUGCGUUUAAACAAUUUGGACUGAGUAACGGUUUUCGCAUCCUUGCUUGUUUUCACAUUCUGUUGWUCAUCCCAGUGUGUUUAUAUCGACCUCGCGAAGCAGACAAAACUGCAAAAAUAUCGAGAACUUCAAAAACGUGUAGCGACGAAGAUGUACUGAAAAACACCAAGUAUUGGAUUUGGGUCGUUGCAAUGAUUUUCUUUCAACUGAAUUACAUGGUUCCCCUUGUUCAUGUGGUCCGUCUAGGAGAAGAUAUUGGUGCAAGCAAGAUCACUGCUUCACUACUUAUCAGCAUCAUGGCCGGGGGUUCAUUAAUAGGACGCGUAGCAUUUGGUCGCGUGGCUGACCUGAAAUGUUUAAGCCGGAUAAACAUUAUGCAAWUCGCUCUUCUCUGCAUCGCGGUUUCUACUACACUUGCACCAUUCUCACCAUCAUUCAUUUGGCUUGCCCUCUACGGCGCUGUAUUUGGACUCAAUGAGGGAAUAUACAUAAUGCUUUUCAUGGUAAUAACUAAAGAUAUCGUGGGUGCUGACCAUCUGGCCUUCGCUUUUGGCAUUCUCUAUUCGAUUUUGUUCGUCCCAAAAACCGUGGGACCACUUUUCGCGGGCUUCAUGUUCGAUAGCUAUCAAAGUUACGUUCUCCCUUUCAUGGUAAUGGGAGGUGUAACAGCUCUUGCGGCGAUCUUGUUGUUUCUUAUUCCCGCCAAAACAUCAAAGGAAACAAACGUAGAUGAUGAGCCAGAGACUGAAAUCAUAGUAUGCCGGGAAACGAGUGUGUGACACGGUUCAGUAUACAUUGGUGACAAAAUGAAUAUUUUUGUGCAUAUUUUUUUAAUACUAAAAGGGGCGACUCUGGGGUAAGGGGUUUGUUGGUUUAUACGAAUCUUUUAAACGAACCCUUAAAAAAAUAACUCGUAAAAAGCCUAAAUGAAAGGUCCAGGCCAAUGCAACCGUUGUUGGCAAAUCCUGAGUUUCACAUGACGUCAUUUCCGGUCUGGUGCGGAAUGUUCAACAGAUGAAAACUUUAGAGCGAAAACAGAGGCUUUUGAAAACCCUGACGUCAUUCACACUGGCACGUCUGUAUCUCGCAUGCGCAGAUAAUGACAUUACUGCAUCAUUUUCGAUCGUAUCUGCGUUUUUGAAAACGCUAUAGAAGCACUAGUAUGGACAGUACGUGAAGCUUUCGAUGCGUUUUCGGCGAGAUGAAAACGGAACGUUUCGAAAAAGCAUUAGUGUGGAGGUUAUUUGGUAACUGAUUGGAACACAGCGAUAUUAGUCAUUCCGAGGUUAUUGGAAAAACUGGGUCGAGUUGACAUUGCAGUGCAUUGUGGGGCUGUAGAGGUUAUUUGGUAACUGAUUGGAACACAGCGAUAUUAGUCAUUCCGAGGUUGUUGGAAAAACUGGGUCGAGUUGACAUUGCAGUGCAUUGUGGGGCUGUUUAAGGACAUAUUUCCAUGAUGGCUUUUACUUCGGCAAAGCAACGCAAUGUAAUAACAAUUCAACCCAGUUUUUUUUCGAACUCGGAAUGGCUGACUCCGCGAGAUUAUAUUCUCAUCCAAUAAAUUAUCCUACUGGUCAGCGGGAUGUGCAAUGUGUGAGAAUACUUCCUUGAUUUAUUGUUUUGUCACAAGUCGAGUGGCUUGUGGCAGUAUUUUGGACUCACGAAAGUAUACUAGCUUAUAUUUUUGUAUUCUUGGAGAAAACGAACAUUUGUUUUCUCACUAAAACUCUAUAAAAUUCUUAGAAAACGUGCUGAAAGGCACGCAUAUGCAGAUAUUUUUUCUCUAACGUUUCACAGCCUUGAACUGCGUAGUCGAUUCCCGACUGAACUUAAGAGAGUUGAGUUUGUUUGAUAUGGCCGUUAAACAAACCGCAACCGUUACACAAAGAAACCAUAAAUUAGUGAAUGCCACUGGCGAGCCAAUGAUAAAGCAUUAUUCAUCACACAAUAAUGUAAACAAAGUUUCCUUGACAUUUUAUUUAUAAAGAUUUCAUUUACAAAAACCA